GCUUUCCAGAGCAAAUGGGGGGUGUGGGUAAAGCAGCGGCCCUGUCUACCCCAUAUCUGGGUUUCUUACUUACUAGACGUCAGUACCUUAUCGGGCCGGGAAACCAACUGUUCCAGAAGAAAAGCACAACCCUAACAGCACCUUUGGAGAUCCUGCAGAUUUCUGGGCCUCCAUCAUCUCUGACCCCUCCAGCCUUGGCCACCCUGGGCCGUCCUUGUUUGGUAUGUUUCCCCAUUGGACAGGGAAACUGAUUCCUGGACCAAGGCUUUCCUGAUGUGGGCUGACCUCGGAAUCACUCAGCAUAGGAAUGUGCACACUGCAGACGCUCAAGAAAUAGGUACCGAAUGAAUGAAUGUUUAGUGACAGUGAGGAGAACACUGGAGCAAUGUCUGUGUUCCUUACCUUGGAGGUGGCAGGGCGUUUAGGGAUGGGAAUUUUUAGGUGAGAUCCAGAGGUCCCUCCCACCUGGUCCCUGGCCCAGAGCAAUGGAACCUUCUUACCGGGUGGAAAAUGAUGUCACAGUGCCCCCUUGUGGUCAUCUCCCAUGUUAGAAUCCUGGUGUGGGUGAGGCUUUCCCUGCCCAAGGAAGGAGAACUGGGCAGGAGCCCAAUCCCCCCUCCCCAACCCCCUGUUACCCGGGGGGCCCCCCCUGCCCCCACCAUGAACAACCAGGCAAGGGCCCCAACCCCCUUGACUUCGGCCCAGGCUUCGAUCCCAGUCAGGACCUCGAUCCCGGUCCGGACCCCAACGCCUGCCUGGGCCUCAACUUCCGCCCGGACACCGAAUCCUGUCCAGAUCCUGACCCCUGCCCGGACCCCGACUCCGGUCCCCACCCGGGCCUGGACCCCGACUCCUGUCCAAACCCCGACCCGGGUCUGGACCCCGACUCCUGUCCGAACCCCGACCCGGGUCUGGACCCCGACUCCUGUCCGAACCCCGACCCGGGUCUGGACCCCGACUCCUGUCCGAAACCCGAUCCGGGCCCCAAUUCCCGUCCGAAACCCGAUCCGGGCCCGGACCCCGACUCCCAUCCGAACCCCGACCCGGGCCUGGACCCCGACUCCCGUCCAGACCCCAGCCUCAGCCUGGAUCCCCACUACUGCCCAGACCCCAGCUUCAGGCUGGACCCCGACUCCUGCCCAGACCCGGGCCUCAGCCUGGAUCCCAACUCCUGUCCAGACCUCAGCCUCGGCCUGGACCCCGACUCCCGCCCGGACCCCAGCCCGGACCCCGACUCCCGUCCAGGCCCCAGCCUCAGCCUGGAUCCCCACUACUGCCCAGACCCCAGCUUCGGCCUGGACCCCGACUCCUGCCCAGACCCAGGCUUCGGCCUGGCCCCCGGCUUCCGCCCAGACUACUGCCUCAGCCUGGACCCCCACUCCUGCCCAGGCCCCGCCCCAAACUCCAACUACCGUCCCAACCCUGGCCCAGACCCCGACUCCCAUCCACACCCCGGCUUCCGCCCAGACCCAGGUUUCGGCCUGGACCCCUGCCCAGACCCAGGUCUCAGCCUGGUCUCCGACUCCCGCCCAGACCCAGGUUUCGGCCUGGUCCCCGACUUUUGCCCAGAGCCCGGCCUGGCCCCCAACUCCGGUCCAGAUGCCGACCCCGGCCCAAACCCCGACUCCCGUCCAGACCCCGACCCAGGUCUGGAACCCCACUCCCGUCCGGACCCCAACUCGGGCGCGGAUGCCGACCGGGGUCCAGACCCCUAUUCCGGCACAGACACCUACUACAAUCUGGACGCCGCCUCCGGUCCCUGCCCCAACCCCAGUUUCAUCCCGGGUCGGGGUCGAGAUCACGACUGCUGUCCCUGUGUCGCAAUCCUUCCCGGACUCGGCCCCACCUUUGGAUCAGCCCACGAAACCCGCUUUGGAACCCGCUUCGUUGCGCGACAAGGAUCUUUCGGGGCCGCCUAGUGUGAAGCACUUUCCAUCCGUCACCAGUGAAUUCGGGUUCAACCGAGAGUCCAUUCUUGUCCACACUCCAUCCGCCUCUGAUUUACUGAGGCUCACCCUUGGCUCCACCUCGAGGACCGACUCCUCCGCCACAAAGUUGACAGAUUCCACUCCCGAGUCUGAGCCGGUGCCCAUCCUGGGGCCCGGACCGUUAGCCCCCACCAGCGAGAACUUCCCGAUGGACAAGAAGAUCCUGAUUCGAGUGAUCUACUGCGGCCUCUGAAGCUAUAGCCUUCGGUUCAUUCUACUGAGAAAGAGUCUGGAGCAGCAAUUUCCAAAUCGUCUCCAAUUUCAGGAGGAAAGAGCUGCCCAGGCUACAGGGGAGUUCGAAGUGUUUGUAGAUGGAAAACUGGUCCAUUCAAAGAAGAAAGGUGAUGGCUUUGUGGAUGAGGCCGGGCUGCAGAAAAUUUUCAGCAUUAUCGAGGAGGAGAUCAGCAAAAGGUAGCAGGUGACCAGCUGGAGGAGCCUCAGCAGGAUGCCGGGAAGGGCUGAAAUGUUGCCAAGUCAGGUCCUUUCCUGAUGGUGGCUGGGGCUGGGGUGGGUUGGGGAGGGGAACAGGGAAAUACAUACAGUCUGCCUCCCUGUG